GCGGCUCCCAAACUGUCGUGAACGUGUUAACUGACGCAAAAGCAAAUCCGCGUUGGUGAAAAACCGCCGUUGCUUUACGGCAGAUUCCUCUGCCCGCAUCUGGGAUUGGCUGGGGACUCGAGGCGCGCGCCCCUGCUCGGGCGCGGUUUGUUGACGACAUCGGUAGCGGCCGGUGUAAGGAGCCACGUGGGGUGCUUGUGGUGGGUAGAAAAUGUCUUUUCGAGGCAGAGGAGGCGGCAGAGGAGGUGGCGGAGGAGGCAGAGGUGGCUUCAAUCGAGGUGGAGGAGGUGGCUUCAAUCGAGGUGGACGAGGUGGCUUCAAUCGAGGUGGACGAGGUGGCUUUGGGCGUGGAGGGGGUGGACGCGGAGGCUUCAACAGAGGAUAUGACCAAGGACCUCCUGAAAGUGUAGUUAUAUUGGGAGAGUUCAUGCAUCCUUGUGAAGAUGACAUUGUUUGUAAAUGCACGACGGAAGAAAACAGAGUGCCUUAUUUCAAUGCACCAGUUUACUUGGAUAAUAAAGAGCAGAUUGGCAAAGUGGAUGAAAUAUUUGGACAGCUAAGAGACUUUUAUUUUUCAGUUAAACUGUCAGAGAACAUGAAGGCCUCUUCCUUUAAAAAAUUACAAAAGUUUUAUAUUGACCCAGCAAAGCUAUUGCCGUUGCAAAGGUUUUUGCCUAGGCCUCCGGGUGAGAAAGGUGCUCCAAGAGGAGGUGGUAGAGGAGGACGUGGAAGAGGAGGAGGUAGAGGUGGAGGUGGCUUCAGAGGAGGAAGAGGUGGUGGAGGCUUCAGAGGAGGAAGAGGUGGAGGUGGAGGCCGUGGUUUCAGGGGUAGAGGACGUUAAAAAGUGGAGAUAUUGGCAUCUAACUGCUGAAUUUUUCUACUGGACCUGAAAAGUAAAAAAUUGUUUUUAAAGCAAUCAAAGUAACAAAAUGUAUUGCCAACAUUAAUUGUUACAACUAAUGGAUACUUAUCAACACAUGAAGAGGAUGUGGUCACCCAUGAAGAAUUGGAGGCAGCUCUUUAUUCUUCACUUGAAAUAUACUUGAACUUUUUUAAUUAUUGAAGCAGACUUUAAAUUUUAUGUUUUUAGAUUCUUCAUUUCUGACAGUCUAUUUUAGUGAAUGCUCGACUUCAUGUUGAAGUUGAAAGUAAAUGAUCCACUGAAGAAGUAAAAAAAAAAAAAAAGCUGCAGAUUCUCUAAGGGCACAGAUAUGAAUCUGUGUUUACACCUGACUGAUGUCUUGUUCUCUCUCUUUUUAUUAAUGCAUUUGUUGUGCUCUGUAUGUUGCACAUACCGUGCUUAAUUUUUUCUCGUUUACUAUUUUGGAAUAUUUUCAAUGACUAACAAAGUUUAAAAACCAAAUAUUUCAACAUUUGUCUUUUAAAAAAUAGAAAAUUUGUAUAAAAUGCACCAUGCCAGAAAAGGAGGAUAGUAAAGAAUGCUUAAUACACUUUCCUGAAUAAAUCUUCCAUAAAACUAAAAAUGGGCCUGUAACUUUUGGGAAAGUCCAGGUUGUUAAUACCAUAUAUUUCUAUAGGCCACCUCAGUCUUUGUUCCAGAUUACGUGGAACAGUGAAAUGGUGUGGAGUGUUAGUCCCUUACAGGUGUGCUGUAAGACAAGCGUUGCAGAAAGGAUUUCACAAACUGCUGGCAUGUGUUUGUCCUAUGGAUCCGGGUUUUGGCAGGCUUGUCCAAUGAGGUGCAUUGUGGUAUGGGUGGAAUGCUAAUAACUACUGUGGCUCUUCAGAAUUUGGGUGGGGGGACAAUCUACUCUGCAGGCAAACAUGAACGAAGAUUUUUAUAAAAUCUUCUUAUCAAUGAGCAGGGGAAGCUGCUGGUAAUAUCAUUUAUACCAUAUACUGGGAUAUUUUAUUAGAGGUGUACAAAAUAAACUGGGAAUAUAUGUUUUGGUAAUAUUCUCAAUAUGGAAGAAAAUAAACUUUGUGGAGUGGAACUUA